AUGGCUGAUAUGAUCAGUAACUUUUCCGAUGAUAUACUUUUAUACAUUUUAUCUUUUCUUCCAACCAAACAAGUUGUUGCAACCAGUGUUCUCUCUAAACGUUGGUACCUUCUAUGGCGUUCAGUAACCUCUUUCGAUUUCGAUGAUUUCCCAACAGAUUAUAAUAUUGAUCAUGACAAAGGCAAAGAGGCCUACACUAAUUUCCUUCACUCAGUGGACUCUUUUUUGCUUAGGCGUGACAGAGACCAACCCCUCCAUAGAUUUCGCCUCAGUUGUGUCUCCCACUGUUAUUAUGAUCCUACCUUUCCUCAUACCGAAAGCAUCCAGAGAUGGAUUCAGAUUGCACUUAGUGAAAGCGCUAGAGUUCAACACCUCGAUCUCAAUAUGAGUUGUUGCAUGCAGUCUCUGGUGUUUAACUGCAAAACUCUUGUAGUUCUGAAAUUGACCAACAUAGGAGUGGAAGAUAUUUCCUUUGUUGAUUUGCCGGUGCUUAAAAUCUUGCAUUUGGAUUUUGUUAUCUCCUUCAAACGUGUAGAUCUUAUGCAGCUUCUUUCUGUGAGUCCUAAUCUUGAAGUAUUGGAAGCCAAGUCCACGUUUCUCUUUCCUGAGGAAAAGUUCAACGGAUGUCCCAAGCUGGUUAGAGCCAACGUCCAUGGUGAUAUUGUUUCAUUGGAAAUCGUUAAGAAUGUUCAAGUUUUGUUCAUAAGUUUGAGACGUCAAAAAGACCUGCUCUUUGACUUUCAUAAUUUACUUCAACUUCAAUUAGAUUAUAUGUCGUUUCAUAUCAACUGGGAUGAUGUCUUGAAAAUGCUCAACCAUUGUCCCAAGCUUCAAACUCUUGCCAUUGGUUGUGAAAAGGUUCGAUGA